UGUGUUUAUUAUCUCUGUCUGGUGUUUAUUAUACCAGAAGCAUUUCAAAGCCAGUAUCUUGUCUCUAAGGAAGGACAGAUUAUGGGUGAGAUGGUGAGUUAGAGGUGAUGCAGAUGACGGGAACAUGCAGCUGUUUAUGUAUAAAUAGAUCCGCAGUGUCUUUCGAGUGAUCGAAAGGUCAGUGAACGUGAAGAAUACUCUCGGAUAACUGAAUCACUUCCGUUUCACUGCUGCGUCCUCACAGACUGAAUCCAACUUAAAAUGGAGCACCAGGACAUGAUGAAUUCCGGACAAUACGGCUCUGGGGAGGACGUGGCGUCCCCAAUGGCUGACGUGACCCUCGACGACGGGCCUCAAGAGGACAUGAAGAACGGGACGCCGGCUGACACGAUGCCUACGGACGGCCCGGGAAAAGAAGACCUUUCUCUCACAGAGGAGACAGAGGAGUCAAAGCCUGAACCCACCUCUCUAGACAAAGUGGCAGAGGGUACGGAGCCCAAAGCUGCCCCCAGUCACGAGGAGGUGGUGUCUGCUGCACCAGGAAGAGCAGGAGCAGGUGAAGAUGCAUUAACACCAGAGGGGCUCUCUCCACCACACAGUGGUAGAAGCAGCGCGGUGUCAAUGGACAGGGAAGAGGAGCAUUUGAAUGGGGACAUGGCUGGGUCUGUUAGCCCACAGCAGUCACCCAUGUCCCCACAAGCAUCACAAGCGGCCCCAGCUGACGUUUUAGGGUCGGCGGUGCUGAGCAUUGACAGCCAGGUGAAGACGAGUCCUUCUGAUGAGAUGGUAAGGGAACACAUUCACAGUGAUUUUGAAGAUAAUAAGGGGAAAGAAGAAGUGGAGAAGCAUGAUAAGGAGGAUGAGAGCAAAGCUUUCAGACCCGAUCAUGAGGAAGCGUUAGUGGAUAGUUCUGGCAUGCUGCAUAGUCCUUCUAGCAUAGAUCAACAUGAGAAGCAAGAAAGAGAUGUAGAAGAAGAAGAAUCAGAAGUAGUUCCUCCAGCCCAAAGCACUGUUGUCCCAGAUGUGUCACCACAGAAAGAUGAAUGCUUCGAAAUUAAGCCCUGUGAAAUGCUAUCCCAACCGCAAAUGUCUCAAGAUGAAGCAAAGAAACGAGGCCUGUCAUUCGACUACACAGAGUCCGAGCUUGUUCAUCAGGGAACCCCUGUCUCCUGGGAAAAAGGCUCUGACAAGACUCCCCCAGAGAGCAAAAGUCCUGAUUCCUGCAUGGCUGACCAUGGCUCCCCUUUUUCCCCUAGUACUGCUCCUGAGCACACCCAGGAGUCACCAAUCACUGACCAAAAUGAAGCCCAAGAGUAUGAACCAGUGAAGGAACAGAAACCGAAAGUGAUCAGUAUUCCUACAGUUCAGCAGGAGGUCGAAGUAUGUAAUAUGGAGCCAGAAGUAGUCACCAAACCUGAGGAUUUCAAAGUUGACAAACCUGAGAAAUACAUGGAGACAACUGAAGAAAAAAUUAUUGCUACUGUUGAAGCAGCACAAAGCGCUGAGCCAGAAGAAGCAGCAGCUAUAGCUGAAGUAGAAGUUGGUGCUGGUGAACCAGAAGAAGCAGCAACAACUAGAGCUGAAGUAGAAGUUGGUGCUGGUGAACCAGAAGAAGUAGCAACAGCAGCAGCUAUACCUGAAGUAGAAGUUGGUGCUGGUGAACCAGAAGAAGCAGCAGCAGCUAUACCUGAAGUAGAACUUGAUGCUGGUGAACCAGAAGAAGCAGCAGCAGCUAUACCUGAAGUAGAACUUGAUGCUGGUGAACCAGAAGAAGCAGCAGCAGCUAUACCUGAAGUAGAACUUGAUGCUGGUGAACCAGAAGAAGCAGCAGCAGCUAUACCUGAAGUAGAACUUGAUGCUGGUGAACCCUGUCCUCACGAACCAGUUAAAGCAGCACUAUUGAAAAAAGGACCUGUUAAAGAUACUGUCGUUAAAAAAGCAAAGAAGCCCAUUGCUGCAGGUGAAGCAACUCCUGUCCCCAAACCUACCACAAAACUUGAGAAAGUCCCACCAAAAGACGCUGCACCAGUGCGAAAAACAAGCACCCCGUCCAAAGCCAAGCCUGGAGCAGCAGCAGCUGAUAAAAAGAGUCCUUCCACAUCCACACCAGGCAAAGCUAGAGUCACCUCCGGCAUUAAACGAGCCUCGUCAAUCCCAGUGCCCCCAUCCAAACAUACCUCUGCGUCUCACACUUCCCCAGUUUGUGCCUCAGCCAGAGCCACUUCUCUAAACUCUAGACCACACCCUGUAGGCGCCAAGGAGUCCAGAAUCACAGCGGGUGAUGCUAAGGCGAAGACUAAACCUCAGGGUAUUGGCACCAAAAUCCCCGGAGCAGAAUCCCCUAAAACCCCUGAUCGUAGUGGCUGCAGCAGCCCUGCCACUCCAAAAUCUCCGGCCAGUCGCUGCAGCACACCUGGGCAGCAGGUGAAAAAGGUGGCAGUGGUGCGCACUCCACCGAAAUCUCCUGGCUCUAUCAGAACCAGAGCCCCCAUUGCCCCUGUUGCACCCUUGCCCGACCUGAAGAACGUCAGGUCCAAGAUUGGAUCCACUGAGAACAUCAAACACCAGCCUGGGGGUGGAAAGGUGAACAUCCAAGAAAAGAAGAUGGAUCUGAGCAAUGUGCAGGCAAAAUGUGGCUCCAAAGCCAACAUCAGGCACACUCCAGGAGGUGGCAAUGUUCAAAUUGUGAACAAAAAGAUGGAUCUGAGCAAUGUGCAGUCAAAGUGCGGCUCAAAGGCCAACAUCCACCAUAAACCAGGUGGAGGAAAUGUGGAGAUCAAAACGGAGAAGCUGGAUUUUAAAGCUCAGUCGAAAGUGGGCUCUAUGGAAAACAUUGGCCACACGCCUGGAGGAGGGGCGAAGAAGAUUGAGUCUCACAAGCUGUCGUUCCGUGAGCAGGCGAAGGCCCGCACUGACCACGGCGCCGACAUUGUGGUUAAAUCCCCCUCCAUGUCUGCAGAGGAUUCACCCCGCCCCCUCAGCAAAGUCUCCUCCUCCGGCAGCAUCAACAUGAGCGACUCGCCACAGCUGUCCACGCUUGCAGACCAGGUGACCGCCUCACUCGCUAAGCAGGGCCUGUGAUUCGACCUCGCGCCACGCCGCGCCUCGACCACCUCCCCCACUGAGAUAAACGCAAGGCUGCAACAUGGAAAUAUUUAAAAAAGGGUUAAAAAAAAAAAGGUUUGGAAAAAAAACAAGCAUUUCACCUCAGUCUGUUAUAAAAAAAAUAAAGGGUGCUUCCUGGAUUUCUUCAUGAAUUUUGGUUCUUGACUGCAAGGGACUGAUCAUUAUUAAUGCUAUUGUCUGAUUGUUCUGUCUGAUUAAUUGAACUCAUGUGGUGCUGUGUUGACCUGACCGGUCAGUCACAGCACGCAGAAGCUAAUCUACACUGCUAGAACGUCCGCUUCAUACUGUAUGCCGACUUUCCUUCUCUCUCUCUCUCUCUCUCUCUCUCAGCUUAGUUGCCUUAUUGUGAAAGCUUCUCCUUCAUUAUUGUUCAUCAAUUCAUUUUACAUUAACUAGUAGGGAUUCAUCAUUUAAAAAAAAUAUAUACAUGUAUUAAUAAAUACUACCUGAAAUUGGACUGUGAGGGAGAAAACAAACCAAAAUGAGCUACAAGUAAGCAUGGAGUCUGUCUUAACCACUAACGAUGAGAAUGAUUUAGCGACUCGUUGACAUUCUGGCAUGUUUCAUUCCCGACUCAUACAAAUGAUCAAGCUGUGAUACAUUAAACCAACCGCUAAACUGGAAACAAUUGAUGUGUGAAGAUCAAAGUGCUCACUUAACUAAUUAAUUAUUUAAAAAAAUAUGGCAAACGUUGAAACCAUGAUAGCAGAACUGAUGCAUUUUGCUUAGGAGCUUUAGAAUUAAAAUACUAAACUGAGUACCUCACUGCAACUAUCGCACAAUUCAAAUACACGAAGAAAAACAAUUCAAUCAUUGUGUAGGUCGGAAAUGAUUGACAGCUGCGCAAGUGUUUUGAACUCACCGAAAGCCCCGACCCUUACUCAAUGUCACCUUAGUAAUGUGUUGAUCUGCGUUUUCGACGCGAUGUUUUUUUCUGCACCUGAGAGACGCAGUCUGCCUUUCUGUCAGCGUUUUGAUUUCGAUAACAUGAAACUAAUAUUAAAUUAAAUAAAAUUGUUUAUCCUGUUGACUUUCUAACGCUUCAAGUUUUAAAUUUAGAAAUAAGAACUAUUUGCCAAUAAAACAAGGCAGGUGAACCUUAUUACAUUCAAAUACAUUUAAUAUUUUUUACCCUCAUUAACAUGACAUUUUUGCAGUAUAUAGAUACAUUCAACAGGCUUCAAUAAGAAAUAGCUAAAAAAAAAAAAGAAAAAAAAAAAAAAACAAACACAUGAAAUUCAACAAAUUAACUGUUGAAUUGGAGACCUACACAUUCUGCUUUAGGGUUGGCCGGUCUGAGAUAGCGAAUAAAGAGCAUAAAGUUUAGACCUGUUUUUUUUUUCAUUCUCUCUGUAAGGUUUCCAUCUUUAUUAGAACCCGGUACCAGACUUAUGCGAGCGUGAGAAGAGUUACUUGUGACAUUUGCUUGUCUUCAGCCUCAAAUGUGAAUCCGUGCAUUUUGCUGUACUGUAAAUGUAAAAAACAUACACAAACACAAAGCUUUACACUUUAUAUAUUUAAUGUACAGUUCAGCCAGUCAGUACCACAUUAGGAUUAACUCCAGCGAUCCCGUGUGUGCUCCUGAUAAGCCGCUUUAAUAAACACAUUACUCGGUGUGAUUGAAUGCGACCCUGCUCGGAAAAAUGGUUCACCGAAUAUUACACGUAAGCAAAAGUUUCCGCUUUCUUUUUGGUGUCUAAAGUUUACUAACACAUCUAACAAGUCAUAAAAGCUUCUAACUUUUAGCUAAAUAACAAAUCGUAAUCAACAUACACGUUCUGGAGCUGUUAGUUUACGCGGGUUUCCCCCUCGUGGUUUGCAGCUCAGUAUUCCUAGCGAACUUUCCCAUCACAUGGCAGUUAACGAGUCAGGGCGAAGACUCCGAUGUGCUUCGUCCAAGAGAUGAAGUCAGGUAUAUGCAUUUUUUUAAACUGUUGCGUCACAGGAGAAAGAAAAUGCAAGAAAGAAAAACUCUCAGAACAGAGUUCACAGAAGUCUCUGAUUGGUUGGUAUGACUGUGAUUGACAGGGAGGAGAUACUGUAACACUCCACGCAACUAAAGACUUUCAUAUACGUGGCUUUGAUGUGACACCAUGUGGCAACCUGAAAUUUAUUUAAAUAACUAAACAAUUAAGUCUUCACCCUUAUUGUCAGACUUGUGUAGGAGGCGUGGCUUUGAUUGGCGCGAAUGUUUUACCCCCCUUUUGACGGGCAGGAGUUUAUUCUGCUAUUAUAAUCUGUACAAAUAAUAAUAAUACAAUGAAAUGAUAUCGAAACUAUUUAGACCUUAAGUUUCUUUUUUCGCAGAUCCACAUAUUUUCCUUUUUCUUCAGACACCAAACGUUUUCAGCGAAACUUUGCGUACAUGUCCUGUUCCCGUCUAAAAUCGAUUUUAUCAUCAAGGUGACGAUGAUUUAAAACAACAGCAUAAAAAAAAAAAAAAAAAAACUACAGAGAUGAGACAGAGAAACCUGGACAAGCUACAGCAUGUAGAAACAGUAGAGUGUGUGUUUCCAGGAUGUUUAGAUUGGGAAUGAGCUCCUGGACAGUCUUUGUGAUUACAGCAGCAGGUACAACAUGGAAAAAUCAGACAACAAAACAAAAAAAUGAUCACGUUGUUGGUGUGACGGAUGUUACAACUGUUUACCUUCGCGUUAAUCUUUGCAUGCAGUCCGGCUCCAGUGAGCAUGUGAAUAUAAACCCGAUCCAUUCUCGCCAUAUCCACGAUCACGCUAGAUUAAUAUUGCAAGUCGUAAAAGAUAAACCGGUAACGAUGAGCAUGAAAGAGAGUGAAAGUUCUGAUCAAAAACAAAACAAAAACAAAAAAGUGCCUCCCUUUUCCUUGCUCACUAAAUGUGUGAUUCAUGUACAUAGUGAACGCUGAGGAUGAAAUUUUUAGGGUAAAGAAAAAAAAUACAAGAGCUGCUAAAAUCCUGUUCUAAAUGAUGCCUUUCUGUAGUUAAACGAUCCAUCAGCUUCAACUCAUCACCUGCAGUUUAACAUCACACACAGACAUGAUCUGCUCUUACACGCAUUCGACGAAAGAAAACAAAAUCAUGCAAAAAAUCCAAACUAAGCAUUCGUUAAAAGUGUACCUGUAGAUGUGAGACAUGCUAGAAAAGAGCGCAUUCCUUUCUCUUUUUAUUUCCUGAUAUUUAUUACCUUUUUUAUAUCUUUAACGCACCUCGGCUUUAUUUCUUUUUGAUAUUUAAGUAAAAGAAAAAAAUAACAAGGAUGUGAAUGAGUAUCAAUGUUACAGAGAGAGACAGAGACAGAGAGAGAGACGCUGCUUCCUGUCUGCUGAAUCACACGUCUAAAAAGAGACGGUGCAUAAAAUAAAAACAGGAGAAGAGAUGCUUAAAAGGGAAACUUGAACAAUAAUCUAGGCAUUGGGUCUCACAGUGUCGUACUGGCCGUUGUGUACGAGUGCACCAAUCCUGCAGGUGGCGCUCUGCAAAAGAUUACACUAAUUUCCAUGAAUACAGGGAGAAGAUGGUCAUGCAUCUGGGAUUGAAUUGGGUCACAAUUAUGUCAUAGUUUAUCUGCAUGGUGUACGCUGAGGCCUUUAGUAGAUCAGCCUGUUCCUUUACCCGUUCAUAAGAUGAUAGAGGGGGAGGGGAACCAACCGGCCAAAGCUUUUACCAGGACUCGUCAAGAUCACAGGAACGAGUCCUCAGAAUACUGGAGAAUUUCUUUGUUUUUAAAACAACAGAAGUAAAAUGUCUGCUCAAAUUUGUAGGCCUUAAAUCAUUGAUCAUGCAUUGUGCAUCGCUAAAUCUCUGUACUGUGUGCUAUUAUGGAAUCACCUGCUGAACCUUCUCCUCAUUAAAACAUAACUAGAGAAAAGUACAUCAUGUGUAAAGCAGGCCGAUGGAUUUGAUCAGGACAGGGAAAGCGAUGUCUCUCUGUCUCUGUCUCUUUUUCCCUCAGAAUCUGCGCUGAGGUUUUCCCAGUCCACUCUGAGCUUAACGGUUGUGAUUGUCCUCACUGUAUUUGUGCGUUUUAUUAGUUCCUUUACAUUCACUCUGGCUGCUGUGAACCCGGAUUUGGAAAUAAAGUUGGUAUUGAACCCCC